GCAUUGCCGGGACGUGCCCGAGAGCUGGUGCCUGUUGCCUCUUGCUCCAUCUCGUCUCCCCUGCCGUGGCCCCUUUGCCCCUGGGGCACUGGGACUCCUGCUCCCGGGUCCGACACGUUUCUGCUCCCUGCGUCAGGUUCAGCCUGGACACUGCGGCGAUGGGCAGCGACCCAGAGCAGGAUGAGGAUGAGAGGAGCCUGCCCUGCUCAUCCCUGGAGCUGCCGGCCACACGUGGCAGGCUGGAGGCCAGGAGCAGCGCUGCAAUUGAAGUGGAGAUAAAGCCCUUGUGCCUGGAUCUGCCUGUGGGCCUGGGGUACCAGGACGUGGAGUGUGGCAGCAACAGGAAGAGACUGAGGUCCAAGUCCAUCCCUUCGGCCUGUGAGGGGGUUCCCCCCCCACGACUGUCCCGGGACCUGGAGGCCUUGCUCCCGGCUGCAGAAGGUGUCCAACCUCCAGUGCUGGAGAUGAUGGAGGAGGAUCACGUGGCCCCGGACCAUGUGCUGAUCGUCCAGCAAGUGCUCCAGGAGCUGAAGCAGUUGCACGGGUGAGUGCGCGGCCAGGGCAGGACCCGGGCUGGGCCGCAGCAGCUUGCCCCACCACUCGCAGAGCCUCUGGGGCUCCGGGGAAGCUGCCCUGCAGUGACCGCGGGCCCCGGGAGCCCAGGGGCAGCGCGCCAGGCCUCCCUGGAGCACAGCAGUGC